CACCACUGGAGGGUGCUGUGGAGUAUUGACGUGUGGGAACAGUAACCAAUCACUGCAGUCUGAAUGGUUCUCUUUGGUCAUGUGACCAUUUGACGUUUGAUCAGUGUGUUCUUCAGUUUCAGGCCUGUUUCUGCUGACUGCUGCAGGUGUGUGUGUGCUGCUGCUGUCUGCUCUGACUGUUCCUGCAGAUGGUCCUCCUCUUCUUCCCUGUGAGUCUGUGCUCAGACUCUUCUGCCAUCUAGUGGUUCUCUGUCCGUACUGCAUCUCCACUGGUCUGCUGCUGUCCAUCUGCUGCAGCAGGAAGACACUGAUCAAACUAGCCAUCUCCAUGGAGAUGACCCAGCAUCGCAGAGAUGGUCAGCGGGGGCGGGACGGCAGUGGCAGCAGGUGGAAAGGUUCCCCUCUCGCUGUUAUCAUGAGUCAGAUCUGCAGGAAGCGCACGGCCUCAGACAGGAAGCCCUUAGGACGCUUCCUGUCGUGGACCUCGGACCGGCCUGGGAUCCCCGAGGACGGAGAGUCGGAGAUGAAAGAGGACAGAGGACCGAGCUCAGGCUUUGCAACGUCAGCAGAGAGCAAGCGGGACGUCGGCUGGGGUCGAGUGUGUGUUUUCCUGAAGAGACUCGGGAAGAAAGGCGACAGCAGGAGCCUCAGUUUGGCUCACUGUGAUCUGACGGCUACAGACCUGCUGGAGCUUGCAACGUUGCUGCAGUUCCUCCCCCAGGUGGAAGAGAUGGACAUCUCCUGGAACGAGUUGAUCGGUGGAUCCCUGACGGCUCUGACGUCUCAUCUGCAACACGUGGGCGAGGUCAGGACGCUGAGGCUCUGCAGCUGCAGGCUAAAUAGCGAAGACGUUGUUGCUCUUGGUGAAGCUCUCAGCCACAUCCCUGCUCUGGAAGUUCUUGAUUUGUCCUGGAACAGCGGCGUUGGGGGCGGUGGUCUACAAGGCCUGCUGGGGAACCUUCACCCAUCACUGAGGGAGCUCCACCUGGUGGCCUGUCGGCUCACUGCGGCCGAUGCUACAGUGCUGGGAGGAAUGGUGGCUGCUCUGCCCAGACUGAGAGCUGGACGUCUCUUGUAAUGCUCAGCUCACACAGGAAGUGGACACUGGUGGCUUCAGGGAAUUGGUCAGCUCUCUCUCUCACGCCACCUCCCUCACCACGCUUCGACUGCAGGCCUGCGGUCUAACGCCUGACAGCCUUGAUGCUCUCGGUGGUUCACUCCGUUGCCUCCCCUCUGUGGGAGAGCUGGACCUGUCCUGUAACAAACUUCUAGCUGGUGGACUGAGCCGCCUCACCUUUCACCUGGCUCACGUCACACACCUGGAGAGACUCGACCUCCACCUGUGUUGCCUCAUGCGAGAUGAUCUAGAGGCUCUGAUCCAGGUGCUGCCCUCUCUCACUGCACUGACGGAGCUUGAUGUGUCAUCCAAUAAGGAAGUGGGAGGUGUGGUCCACCCGCUGGUCUCCGCCCUCCCUGUGACACAAAUGAGGCGGCUGCCAUUCAACAGCUGCUACCUGAGCAACGAGUCCUGGCCUGAAAUGGUGAAAACUUUGUGUUUAUGCAUCAGCCCUGGCGGUGCCCUAUCUGCGCACGGUGGAUAUUUCCUGGUGUAAAGUGGUUGGCGGUCACUUGGCGCUCCUACUGGAUGCUCUGCAGCCAUCAGUCGUCAGCGAGCUCCAUCUUUGCAGCUACGAGUUCACCACUGAUGACAUGCAACAUCUGGCUGCCGUGUGCAGACGGGGCUGUCUCUCCUCACUUCGUGCACUGGAUCUGUCCUACAACAGCUUGGUCGGAGACGACGGUUGGUGCAGUCUGUUUGCAGCAGGUGGUCUGGGCUCUCUGGAAGACGUGGAUGUCAGUUUGCGACCUUUAACCUCUGCUCCGUGCUCAGCCUGGCUGCCCGCUCUGCUCCAAGCUCUGCCUCAAAUGCCGGCGCUGGCUCGACUGGCCAUGCAGAGGUGGACAGCUGACUGUCAGGAGAGAGAGCAGCUGAGGUACUGUCUGAAGAAGAGGAGCGUCCUGCUGGAAUGGGAUCCAGAUUUACAAGACACAUCAUCAGCAUGUAAAGGGAACAGUCAGGAGAGCCUAGAAGAGAGUCAGCCUGAGGAGUAGGGAGCAGAAAGCCUGAGUUAUCCGAUCUCAAAUUAAAAAUCAUCACAGAGAGAUUUCAAAAGAGCACUAGGGAAGAAAAACGCAAUCAGCUCUGAAAAACCUUCUGAUUACAAGUAAAUUUGUCCAAACAUUUGUACACUGUGUUUACAGUAUCGUUUAAUACUCUUCUUUUGUUCUUGAGCAUGUUUGGAGUCUUUAUUCCGCGGGGUUUAUCCCUGUGUCUGUUUCCCUCUUUAGUUUGAUAUUCGCACCGGAUGUGUCCCAUUUUAUUUUGGCGGUCAACUGUCAGAAACAUGUUUCAUGUUUAGUUUUACGUCCCUCUCCUCUCUCAUUGUCAUUGAUCAUCUGCACCUGUUUUGUUGGCUUUCUGUGUUUAAAUGGUGGUGUCUUCUGUUUAUGAAGGACAGUGGAAUUAAUUUGCUUUUUAAUCUCAUGAACUUUAUCAUUCUGCAUUUGGCUCCUCAUUUCAUGGACUUUGUAAUUCUGCAGUCAGACAACAGCCUAAAUAAAGAUUCACCUUUGUUACA